AGAGCCCUCUACAGGGAUGUCAUGCAGGAGAACUAUGAGACGGUGACCUCGCUGGUAGGGCUUCCAGAUUCCACACCUGAUGUGAUCUCGCAGCUGGAACAAGAGGAAGAGCUGUGGGUCCCGGAUCUCCAGGGCGCUGAGAAAGAAGUGCUCCUGAAAGCUGCCUGCACAGGGAGUGACCUAUGUCUGGAUUCUCUCCGUCUCCCAUCAGGUGUUGGGAUGGUGAAUGAGAAUGAGAAGCAGAAACCCCAGUAGAAAGAUGCUGAGCAAGGAGAACUACAUGGGAAGUUCUCAGGAAGAUCCAAAGAGAACGUUUCCAGGAGCUGUGAACUCCCAGAAAAAGAAACAGCCUGUGAGACUCAGCAGAGGUCAGAAGAAAACUUAAGUAGCCUCUCAGUCCUUAUUCCACAUGAGAGAAUCAACU